AACAAAUGCAUGCAACACCACGUUUGUCAGUGCAUGGAGUUGAGGAGUAAAUGCAGCGAAGCAAACACGUUAAUAUUUGACGAGAAUGACGGAUUGUAAGGAGGAACAGAAAAAUGAAAUCGAAGCAUUAGAAGCAAUCUAUCCAGAAGAACUUGAAAUUGAGAACACAGAUCCCUAUGUGUUCAGUCUGGCAGUUGCCUCACAAGAAACCAAUGACACAGAUGAAGCCUUUGCAUGUUCCUGUCGUGUUCAGUUCACAUAUGUGGAGAAGUAUCCUGAUGAACCGCCUCUCAUGGAGAUCACAGAUCCAGACAACCUGGAUGAUGCAGAUAUAGAAAGCCUCACACAGUAUCUCAAUGAACAGGCUGAGGAGAAUAUUGGGAUGGCAAUGGUGUUUACGCUGGUGUCAGCACUGCAGGAGCGACUCACAACGAAUGUGGAGGACGCCCAGCGCAAAGUUGUCGAGGAUAAAGAGAGACAGCAGAGAGAAUUAGAAGAAAUAGAGCAGAAACGCUUUGAAGGAACACGUGUUACAGUAGAAACAUUUAUGUCAUGGAAGCAGAAGUUUGAUGCUGAAAUGGCGGAACUGAAGAAAAAUAAAGCAGAAAUUGAAGUGACAAGCAAGAAAUUAACUGGCUAUGAACUGUUUAUGAGGGAUUCCUCCAUGAAUGACUCCGAUGUCCAGUUUCUGCAGUCAGCUGAUGCCGAUACUGUGGAAGUAGACGAAUCUCUGUUCCAGGAUAUGGAUGACCUUGACCUUGACGAAGACGUGGGUUGACGUAUUGUUUUAUACAUGUUAGAGGAAUGAAUUGUAAAUAAAUGUAUCAUUAUUUACCU